CCGGUAUCCGACGCGACGUGCAUGACAUUGUGCUGAUUCAUAACACGUGGGAAUACCGGUGCGGUAUACAGCUACAGUCACAGUUCAGUUUUUAUACGCGACGUGAAUUACGGUUUCCGAGAAUAAAAAUGGCUCAAUUUCUCAACACUUUUACCAGUAACCGCCACUAUUUUGUGGGAGCUGCAUUAUUAGCAACGUCGAGCAUUGCUGCUUAUUCAACCUACAAACUUUUGAGUCAUGAUGACAGUCGUUUAGAAGUAGAAAAUAAGUAUGAAACUGAAAAACUUGUCAACGAAUAUUUAGUAUUUCAUUACGGCGCUCCCGAGGAGGUACUUCGCUACAGUUUCGGCCCCAGGGAUGCCCUGGACUUCCCUCGCAGAGUUGCGGACGAAGCCCUGCACGGCCUUCUCACAACAGACAAGAGCACAAUACCAAACAGAGCUCUUGACAUCGGCUGUGCUGUUGGAAGGACCUCUUUUGAGCUGGCGAGAGAAUUUGAACAAGUUGUUGGUAUUGAUUUCAGUCAUGCCUUCAUAGACACAUGUAAUCUUCUCAAGGAUCAUGGUUCUUUGCAGUACUCUGUCACGGAUGAGGGAGACCUAUGUACACACCUGACUGCUGUCGUAGAUUCAACAAUAGAUCGAAAAAGAUGUCACUUUCAGCAGGGCGAUGCAUGUAACCUACCCCUGGAUUUGGGCUUGUUUGGCUGUGUGGUGGGGGCUAAUCUUAUAUGUAGAUUACCAGAUCCGAUGGACUUUCUGAAUAGGGUUCCUGGUCUCGUUGCUUCAGGUGGAUUACUAGUACUCACGACACCAGCUUCUUGGGACACUGAAUUUACACCAAAGGCAAAGUGGCUCGGAGGCUUCAGGGACAAAGAUGGCAAACCUGUUACCACUUUGGACUCGUUAAAACGGAUUCUAGGGCCCGAUUUCACUCUGAUGGACGACAGAGGCCUACCCAUGUUCAUCCGGGAAACUGCGAGGAAAAACCAAUGGACAGUGCCGCAACUUAGCGUUUGGAGACGGAAAUGAUGUCAAGGAUCCUUUCCAAUGAAGUGAGGUUUCGGCCCGUAUUCUGAAGUCGGGUUUAACUUAAACUCAGGUUUAAAGUUGUGGUUUGAGUAUGGGAAGCCAAAAGUAUCAAAUUUUUUUUAUUCAGUUGUAUGUUACUUACGUUUACUGUGCUCUUUCCUGAUUCAUCUGUGGGGAAGACAAUCAUCUGUUUAUGCUUCCAAGACAAUUGUGAAUGAUUUGAGAGCCAAAUGAGCUGAAGUAUGAUAUCUCUACUGUUAGUGAUUUAUGUAACAAUUGGCUGUCCAUACUUAGACCACAACUUUAAACCUGAGUUAAAGUUAAACCCGAAUACAGGCCUAUGAGUUUUGGUGUGUAUCAAGGAAUAUACCCUUUCCUAGUAUCAAAUACCAUCGCAUCGGUUCUUCUUUCCUUUCCUUUCCAUCCGGAAGCUGAAAUCUUCAUAUAGAAAGUUAAGUUUCUUUCUGCAUAUGCUUUGACUUUGCUCAAUUCUCUGCUUAAACAGCUUCAUUUCGGUAGUCAGGAGUAAAAAACGUUUUAAAUCUGGUUUGUCCCUGUUGAAUUGGAGUGGCUGGAUUCACCUUACACAUGUAGUAAUCACCCUUACCCCCUUCCCUUCAGUGCGCCCUCUUCUUUGUGCUUUCUUCUUUGGCUGUCCUGGGGUCCGUUGCAGAAAGAGUUACGUUUAAACGCAAGUAAAAAAAUCAAUCACAAGUCCCAAAUGCGCGCUGUUGAUUGGUUGAAAAUCAAGUUGCACAUGAAUUUUAGAGUUGCAAUUGAUUGCAACUCUUUCUGCAACGGGCUCCCUGUUCUGGUUGAAACAUUUUUUUUUGUAUUGAUACAAGUUAACAGUGCGUAACCAUCACUUCUAAUUCAUAUUGCAUGGACGAUGGCCGAGAUCACAAGGAAGAGGGGGGGGUGCUGCUGUGUAUAAACUGAGAAUAGCAUCCAGUCAUUACAGUCAUAAACAUAGGUUUCAAUGUAUGUAGUUAAAAAAUGAUUAACUCUUCAUCUCUCACCCUGCAGUGUAACAUGUGGUUAUAGUCUAUUUUUGUAGUUUGAGACAUUGGCCCAUAUUCUGAAGUCAAGUUUAACUUAAAGGGGAAGUUCACCCUGACAAAAAGUUUAUCGUAAA